UUUAUUUUAAAAAAAUGGUUAAUUUAGUUUUGAUAAUAAUGGUUAUCUUAUUUUCAACUAGUUUAAUUGCAACCGGAAACUUGAAUCAACAAGUUGAUAUAACAUGGGGAAAUGACAAAGCCAAGAUAUUCAACAAUGGGAGUCUCAUCAUUCUUUCAUUAGAUCAAACCUCCGGCGCCGGUUUCCGGUCAAAAGAUGAGUAUUUAUUUGGUAGAGUUGAUAUGGAAAUAAAGCUUGUGGCCGGAAACUCUGCCGGAACUGUUACCGCUUAUUAUCUUUCAUCUCAAGGAAAAAACCAUAAUGAGAUAGAUUUUGAAUUCUUGGGGAACUUGACCGGAGAUCCGUACACUGUUCAUACUAAUGUGUUCAUUGAAGGGCGUGGAGGAAGGGAACAACAAUUUCGUUUGUGGUUUGAUCCUACUUUGGAAUUUCAUACUUAUUCCAUCCUUUGGAAUCCUCAAUCCAUCAUAUGGUACGUUGAUGAAACGCCAAUAAGAGUGUUCAGAAACUUACAAUCGCGAGGUAUUCCAUAUCCUUCAAACCAAGCCAUGAGACUCUACUCAAGCCUCUGGGAUGCGGAUAAUUGGGCCACAAGAGGCGGUCUUGUGAAAACCGACUGGAGCAAGGCGCCGUUUAAGGCCUCUUUCAAGAACUUCAAGACCAAUGGCUGCCUCUGGUCUUCGUCGGCUAAGAAAUCGUCUUGCCCAUCAUCAAACAAGGGAUCGAGUUGGCUUAACCAGCAAUUAGAUGGAACAAAUAUUCAAAAACUAAAGUCGGUUCAAAACAAGUACAUGAUUUACAAUUAUUGUGCAGAUGCCAAACGUUUUUCCAAAGGCUUUCCGGGUGAAUGCAAGUUUGUAUUCUAAGUGUUUUUAUACAUAAUAAGAUUGAGUCAAUAUUAAUAAACAUAUAAUUUUUUAGUUUGAUUUCCCAAAUAAGUUGUUACAUUAAUUAUGAAAGA